AUGCCGUCCGCAAGUUCCACAGAGAAAUUCAAGCGCAUCGGCGUUGUCGGAGUCGGAAGUAUGGGCUCGAUGAUGGCAUUCGCUUUUUCGGAAAUUGGACUCGACGUCUCCGUUUGGGAUGUAGAUAAGCGAAAUGUUGAAAAGGUGAUGGACUGGACCAAGAAAGCCACGACUAUGAAAGGCAAGAUUGAAGGGUUUACCGAGAUCGACCAGUUCACCAAGAGUCUCGAGGGUCAAGGCAUUGGCAAAUUGUUCAUGUUCUCCAUCACCCAUGGACAUCCCGCAGACUCGGUACUCAAAUUAAUCAAGCCGGAUUUGAAGAAAGGGGACAUUAUUCUUGACGGAGGAAAUGAGAAUUAUCGCCGAACCGAGCGACGCCAGCGAGAGUGCGAAGAUAUUGGAGUGAUCUGGAUUGGAAUGGGUGUCUCUGGUGGUUACCAGUCAGCGAGACGAGGACCAAGCCUGUCUCCUGGAGGCGAUCUCAAAGCUAUACAGCUCGUGAUGCCCUUGCUCCAAGCAUAUUCCGCCAAAGACCCCAAGACUGGAGCACCAUGCGUCACUCGCAUCGGCCCUGGAGGCUCUGGUCAUUUCGUCAAGAUGGUUCAUAAUGGAAUCGAGGGUGGCAUGCUGUCUGCGCUUGCAGAAGCUUGGUCGUACAUGCACUUCGGUCUCGGCAUGGACUAUGAGCAGAUUGGUGAUGUGUUCACUGAGUGGAAUUCACAUGGCGAAUUACGGAACAACUUCCUCGUCAACAUCGGCGCCGAUAUCAUGAGAGCCAAAAAGACACCCAAGGGCGACUGGCAGGGUGAAGGUGCUAGCGAUAGUAACGGAUAUGUGCUGGAUGAUGUACUCGACAAGGUGGUUCAAGACGACGACAACAGUGAAGGAACGCCGCUCUGGGCAGUCAUGGAAUCUGCUUCUCGACAUGUCUCCACUCCAACGCUUACAGCAGCACAUUAUAUGCGGAUUGCGAGUGGAAACCGUGCUGAACGACUGGAAGUUGCCAAAAAGCUUCAGAUGCCCGCUCCGCGGACCAUGGAGAAUAUCAAAGAUCGCGCAACGGUUGUGGAAAAGCUUCGAAAAGCAGUGUACUGCACCUUCCUAUCUUCCUUCUGUCAGGGCCUUGAACUAAUUGCCCGGACCUCAAAGGAUGAGGGCUGGGCAAUUAAUCUGGGAGAUUGUCUGCAAAUCUGGCGGGCUGGGUGUAUCAUCCAGUCUGAGUACAUUGCAGACCUUUUGCAGCCACCAUUAACAUCUAACAAGCAAAUGAUGAAUAUAAAGUUCAUCGACGAAGUGGCUCAUGAACUGCACAACAGUUUCCCAGCUUUGAAAUCAACUGUUCUGGAGGGUAUAAUGUACGACCAGUACAUUCCUGCGAUGUCUGCGACUGUCGAGUACCUCAAGUAUGACGGUGGCACAAUGCUUCCGACCAAGUUCAUGGAAGCUCAGAUGGAUUACUUUGGUGCACAUAGCUACAAUAAGCCGGGUGUUUAUGGAGAAGAUCCUGGACCAACUCAUAAAGGUCCUCACCACUACGAGUGGAAGCCGGCCUAA